UGCGCCUUUUUAUGUCGAUUCCUGCAACUCCAAAGAGCGCACAGUAGUAGCAGAGUAGCCUAUUCUUGCAAGUUAGAUGUGAUUAUUUUAGACUCAAUCCUAUGUCGGUGUUGUGACUGUAACUCACUCCACUACCUUGCGAACAAACCCUAUAUAGUCAGGUUGUUGAGAGGCGACAGCGCAGCGCAGUUCGAUGCACUCAUAGCAGUGGAGCAGGAGAAGAGUGGCUGCAUGUGUGUGUGUGUGUGUGUGUGAUCCGAUGGUUCUACAACGGGAUUUCUCAGCUGCUUUUUCAACUUAAUUUAAUCAACUUUCCGGUAUGAGACGCAUCUAAAUGAAAAACAAUGCAAAAAAGGAAAAAAAAUGUAUGAUCACUAUUUAGAGUAGAUUGGCUCGUCUUUCAGUGUUGUCUGGCAGUGACAUACAGCGGUCUAUAGGAGAAUCCUCCGAGCUCUACCCGAUGUUUGUGGACAUAUGAGAGAGCACUUGGGCGGUAUUUUUGCUCCAGUCUGUAGGGUUUGCGCACAAGGUGUCUGUCAGGCACAAGUUGGAGAGCACCGAGAGGAGUUUGUCAGACUUGCCAAUGUGAAAACUCCACUUCAGAACCAAGGACAGAGCCAGCUGCCUGGCAAACAUGUUCAAAGUGAACAUCUGGAGUCUGCUCGUCACAUGAAGAGCUUCACGGUGUCACUGUCGCACGACUUGUGGAAAAGACAGAGCUGCAGAUUUGUGCAGAAAAAGACAUCAACAGCAACAAUAAGGAAAUAUUGAACAUGCUGCACUUAAUAAGAAAAGACUCUAAAGUCAUCUUCCUCCCGACUCUGUGAACUUUUACUCCUCUGUACUUCAACCUGCCACUGGAUCUUGCCAUGCUGAGUGUAGUGUUCUGCCCCGGGUCGCCGACCAAAUUUGCCCAUUACUUGCCUCUCCACAUGCUCCUGCUGGAGCUGCUGAUACCAGGAGUCCUGCCCAGCAUCUCAAGAUUACCCCCCGCAGCCAAACGUGAGAUCAUCAUCGAUGGAGACUUGGUGAUCGGAGGCCUGUUUCCGGUGCACGAAAAGGGCGAUGGGACGGAGGACUGUGGGAAGAUCAAUGAGGAGAGAGGGAUCCAGAGACUGGAAGCCAUGCUGCUGGCACUCGAUGAAAUUAACUCCAGCGACCGCAUCCUUCCUGGACUCCAGCUGGGGGCCCACAUCCUGGACACCUGCUCGAAGGACACGUAUGCUCUGGAGCAGUCUCUAGAUUUUGUCAGGGCCUCUCUUACCAAGGUUCAUGAUCCUGGCUUCAUCUGCCCAGAUGGUUCCAGACCCAUCCAAAACGAAGUUCCUCUGGCCAUCUCGGCAGUGAUCGGAGGAUCCUACAGUGACGUUUCCAUUCAGGUGGCCAACCUACUGCGACUCUUCCAAAUCCCUCAGAUCAGUUAUGCCUCCACCAGUGCAAAGCUCAGUGAUAAGACUCGCUAUGACUACUUUGCUCGCACCGUGCCCCCUGACUUCUACCAGGCCAAAGCCAUGGCUGAGAUCCUUCGUUACUUCAACUGGACCUACGUGUCUACGGUUGCGUCAGAAGGUGACUAUGGUGAGACUGGCAUUGACGCUUUCCAGCAGGAGGCCCGCACUCGCCAAAUCUGCAUUGCCACAUCAGCCAAGGUGAGCCGCUCCAUGAACCGCCAGGGAUAUGAGAAUGUGAUCCGCUCCCUGCAGCAGAAGUCCAACGCCAAGGUGGUCAUUCUGUUCACACGCAGUGAAGAUGCCCGUGAGCUGCUGGUGGCUGCUGCACGAAUGAAUGUUAGCUUCACUUGGGUGGCCAGCGAUGGAUGGGGAGCUCAGGAGAGUGUGGUGAGAGGCAGUGAGACGGCAGCAGAUGGAGCUUUCACCAUUGAGCUAGCCUCCUACCCGAUCAGAGAGUUUGAAGACUACUUUACUAAGCUGAACCCAUACACAAACACAAGAAACCCAUGGUUCAAAGAGUUCUGGGAGCACCGUUUCAACUGCAACCUCCAGCAACCGGGCUGCAGUGAGCACAGUCUACGAGAUGGAACUUUUGAGCAAGAGUCCAAGAUCAUGUUUGUGGUAAAUGCAGUCUAUGCCAUGGCUUAUGCUCUGCACAACAUGAGGCAAGCUGUAUGUUCUAACACAUCCAAAGUCUGUGAUGCCAUGAAACCAGGUAACGGCAAGAGGUUCUACAAGGAAUUCAUCCUGAAGACCAAAUUUGAAGCUCCAUUCAGACCUCCGGACACAGAGAAUAUGGUGCGAUUUGACUCUUUUGGAGACAGCAUCAGCCGCUACAACAUCUUUUAUUAUCACAAAGAGGAGGGCAAGUUCAUCUACAAGAAGGUUGGUUUCUGGGACCAGAACCUGACCCUUAACACCACCAUGGUCCCAUGGCAUGGACUGGUACCACCCACCUCUCAGUGUAGUGACCCCUGCAGGAAGAAUGAGGUGAAGAGCAUGCAGCCUGGAGAUGUGUGCUGUUGGAUCUGUAUCCCCUGCCAGCCCUACCAGUACCUGCAGGAUGAGUUCACCUGUGCUGACUGCAGCUUCGGGCAGUGGCCGCUGGAGAACUUAACUGGGUGUUACGAUCUGCCUGAAGAAUAUAUCCGAUGGGAAGAUGCCUGGGCCAUUGGACCUGUCACCAUCUCCUGCCUGGGUAUUCUGUGCACUCUGUCAGUGAUUGGUCUCUUCUUCAAACACAAUGAAACUCCUGUGGUUAAAGCAAGUGGACGUGAACUCUCCUACAUCCUGUUACUGGGAGUGUUGAUGUGCUACAGCAUGACCUUCAUCUACAUCACCAAGCCUUCCACCGCUGUCUGCACCCUACGUCGUCUAGGCCUCGGCACCUCAUUUGCGGUGUGUUACUCAGCUUUGUUAACCAAGACCAAUCGAAUCGCUCGCAUCUUCAGCGGGGUUAAGGAUGGAGCCCAGCGGCCUCGCUUCAUCAGCCCUGCUUCCCAGGUAGCAAUCUGCGGUGCUCUUAUCUCUUGCCAGCUGCUUGCGGCUGUGAUCUGGCUUCUGGUGGAGGUGCCAGGGGUUCGGAAGGAGGUGAGCCCAGAGAGGAGAGACGUGGUCACCCUUAAAUGCAACUGCAGGGACUCCAGUAUGCUCAUGUCACUCACCUACAACUGCAUCCUCAUCAUCCUCUGCACUGUUUACGCUUUCAAGACCAGAAAGUGCCCGGAAAACUUCAAUGAGGCCAAAUUCAUUGGGUUCACCAUGUACACCACCUGCAUCAUCUGGCUCGCCUUCCAGCCCAUCUUCUACGUCACUGCCAGUGACUACAGGGUUCAGACCACCACCAUGUGUAUCUCUGUCAGUCUGAGUGGUUCUGUGGUUCUCGGCUGCCUCUUCGCUCCCAAGAUCCACAUCAUCCUGUUCCAGCCCCAGAAAAAUGUGGCCACACUCAGAGUCACGACGAACCGCUUCAGUGCCACAGUGUCUGCUUCUGCCUCUGCUCCCAGCUCCAGCUACUCAAAAGGAUCAGCCUCUAAUUACGUGCCAGCAGUUUGUAAUGGCCGGGAGGUGGUGGACUCUACAACGUCCUCUUUGUGAAAACAGUUUCCUAUCUACGCACAAAAAAAACACCCCAUUGUCAGUCGUCCUCCAUCUAACAGGGCCGUGUAUGACGGAGCCCCCGUGCCAUCCAACACGCUGCAGAGAGAUAACCCUGACUGGGGAAACUGACUGACAGCGGCAAGGAUAACUCUAACUGUGAAAGCUCUAAGAUGUUCCUACAGCGAGCAGCGUGUAUCAACUGUAAAGCCUUUUUGUAUAGAUUUAAUAUGCUGUGAUUUCCUCAGUUUACAAAUAGAUGUGAUUAAAUGCACCGUGCCUUGUCCUCAGAAGUCUUGUUGUCCAAUGGGUGGUUGUGAAGCAAUAGUGUUAUACAAAACAAAAGGCUGUUCUUAUCUUGUCCUUAACAGUGCUGUGAUUAUAUCCAAAUGUUUUAGAUAAUGAUGAAAAAAGCUAUGAAUAAUAAAUCUAGCCCUUCUGUUAAACAAAAUAUGUAACUAACCAUAGUGAACGUGGUGAAAACUAGGGAACUAGAAAAUAUACAGUAAAGGACAUGUUGAUGUUGAAUGGAAUAAUGUGUGUUUCUGUAAUUUAUGUAAAUAAAAUGUUUUUUAAUAUUAAAAGAUUCAUUAAUGCUG